AUGACGAAGAAAGGACCCAAGUCGCGACCUUCUUCUCCGUCGCUCACCGGAAACUCUGCUCGGAACUUAGAAUUGGUUGUGAAGUCAAGCGAAGAUGUAAGGAGCUCUAAAAGGCUCAGACUCCAGCCUUUGAGGAAGCCCAAGAGUAGUCAGAAUAAGAAGAAGAAAGCUACUAAAGUCCAUGAGAAUAUGCCUAAGAAACCUCCCACUGCUUUCUUCUUUUUCUUGGAGGAUUUCCGGAAGCAAUAUCAACAGGAGAAUCCGGAGGUCAAGUCCAUGCGAGAGGUAAAACAUAGUGUGAUUAUUACCCUUCACUUCGAUUCUGUUGCUAAACUAGUUUUGUUCUUGAUUCUGUCUAAGAUUGGGAAGACAUGUGGAGAGAAAUGGAAAACAAUGACUUACGAGGAGAAGGUAACGUAUUAUGACAUAGCCACUGAGAAGAGGGAAGAGUUUCACCGAGCAAUGACAGAAUACACUAAGAGAGUGGAAUCAGGUGAAUAUGAUGAAUCAGAGACCGAAUCAGAUUUUUCUGAAUAA